AUGACCAAAGAGACUGAGACUCUGGGACUGGUCUUUCAGAGCGAGAACUUCAACUAUAACCGUGUCAAUAACUACAUGAUGGAGUCGUGGCCGUACCUGGAGAGCCCCGUCCCCGAGCAGAACCACUCCAAGCCCAGACUGCACCCCGGAGACGACCUGGCAGCCCUCACCCUGCUCUACGAGCAGUGCAAGAGCCACAAAGAGCAGAAGAUCAUCGGCAACCGCAAAACAGAAAGGACUCCCAACAGCAGCAGUGACCUGUCCUCGUUGGAGGCGACGGCCAGCGUGAUGAAGAUGCUGUCGGAGAGCGGACCCCUGGUCCACCCCCAGGAGGUCCUGGGCUCCAAGCAGGGCCUGCCCCUCUCUCUGCCCAGCGCCCAGGACACCUACGCCACCCUGACCAGCGUGGUGCCGGACGCCUACGACAAGCAGGAGCUCAACAUCAUCUUUGACUCUCUGCUGCAGAAAUGGCCCGAGAGCGGAGCGUUCCCCGACCCGUCCACCGAGACUCUUCCCUAUAGCGAUCCCUUCCCCGAGGAGCAGUCCAGUCCGGUCUACUCCGCCUCCUACAGCGGAUCUCCUCCGGAGAGGUUCAGGAACGAGUUCCAGUUCACGCUGGGAUCUCCUCCCGCCUCCUCCUACAAGUCCAGCGAGCUGCCCAUGGUGUACCUGAACAAGGGCCAGUUCUACCCCAUCAGCCUGCAGGGCGUGGACAGCAGCUCCUGCAUCACUGCCACCAGAGUCAAGACGGUGGUGAUGGCUGUGUUUGAGAAUGACAAGAGCCCAGAAAUGCAGCUUCGCUUCUGGAAUCACUGGCACGCACGCCAGCCAACCGCCAAGCAGAGGGUCAUUGACAUCGCGGAUUAUAAAGAGGUGUUCAGUGGAAUCAGCAACAUCGAGGAGGUGGCCUUCAACGCUCUCUCCUUCGUGUGGAACCCCAACGAGGAGGCCAAGGUGUACAUCGGCAUUAACUCCCUGAGUACGGACUUCUCGGCCCAGAAGGGCGUGAAGGGUUUACCUCUGAACCUGCAGAUCGACACCUACGACGUGAGCUCGGGGUCCAACCAGCUGCUGCACCGAGCCGCCCUGCAGGUCAAGAUCUUCUGUGAUAAGGGGGCAGAGAGGAAGAUGCGUGAUGAGGAGAGGAAGAGGAGCAAGAGGAGGGGGAAGGCCGACGCCCACACUAACAAAGGUCUGGUGAGCAGCUCCAUGGGCUCUGAAUGCACCUUCUUCCAGUCUGUGGAGGACCACCUCACCCAGCCGGUCCUCUUCAUCCCAGAGACCCACCUCAACAGCCUGCAGCGCAUGGCCACGCCCAUGGACGACUCCGACAGGAGUUCUAUGAAGAGAUUAUAUCCAGACAGAGAGCAGAGCAGCUCUCCAGCCAGCAAACAGGCCCGCAGAGAAGAUCCUCAGAGAGUUCUUCUGUACGUCAGAACUCGAGCUGAAGAAGUCUUCGAUGCGUUGAUGCUCAGCUCGCCGACAGUGUCCGGUCUACGGGAAGCUGUUUCAGAAAAGUACGGUAUGCAGAAAGACACCAUCGGGAAAAUCUACAAGAAAUGCAAAAGAGGGAUCUUCGUCAACAUGGACGACAACAUCAUCGAACACUACACCAACCAGUCGGCGUUCCUCAUCGAGGUGUCGGAGGCGGCCGGCGGUCAGUUCCAGGUGACUCUCGUCGAGGUAUGAGAGCCAAUCAGUGAAGGACACACAGCCAGCCAAUCAACAUCUCUAAUAGCACUCUGCUCUGAAAGACUAUGUAGCUGUGGACCAAUCAGAGGACAGGACUCCAGUCCUCUCAUGAAAACCGUUUCUAGAAGUUGUAAAUACCACUCGCCCCACUCACCGUUCUGUUAUUGAAUUUAAUAUUUUAACGUAAGAGCAAUUAUGAUGCCUGUACAUAUCUAAUGUAAAUAGAUUUUAAUAAGACAGUGUUUUAUCAACUAUGUUGCGAUCCAUUUUCCAUAAAUUGCAUUUAUGUAUUUCAAUUGUUCCCGAGCUCCGAGCACGGCGAUGUGUCGGAGCGUUUUCAGCAUGUUCACAGGUUGCUAUCCUCGCUGCUUUAUAAUGCAUCCAUCAUUUCUUUUACAAUGGUGCGUUUCACACCCACAACCUACUAAUGAUGUUGUUUCACUGCCACAAGUAUCUUCCUGUAGGUUCCUGUUAGUUUCACGACUAAAAUGGCCCAACCAACGCUGGGUUUGAUCCAGAACCGAAAGUCAGACAUUUCCACCCAUAAAACCACACGUUAAGAGUUAGUGUUGGCCAUCAUUUAGUCCAAUGUUGUGGACAUUUCCUGCCUGUAACCACAGAGUUGCUUCAGUUCAACCUUUCAUAGUGUGCAUGUGUAUGUGUGUGUGUACAAAGUUUCAGGAUUUUCCCCCUUUAUACGUUGUGAAUCAUUUCAAAACAAGCAUGUAUCCUUCUAAUAUUUCAUUAUUGUACCACGGCAGUUCUGGUUGUUAUAGUCACAUCUUGCCUCUUUUUGUAAGAAAAUAAAGAAAAUGCAUCAUA